CGAUAAACGACAUUGCACCGGAUUCAAUUCAACAAGCUCUUUUCAACUCAUUAAGGAAUUGAUAUAUUCUCGGUCUCACAGACAGUGUAAUUCAUAGCACAGCACAAUGUUGAUCCAAGAGUCUUACGUCGAUGUCCCGACCAAGGCGGAUGGAGAGGGGACCAUGCGUAUCUAUGUCUUCCACCCGACUAUCCCAGGAUAUCCUAAAGCACGCUUCCCAGGUGUAGUAGUGUUCAGUGAGAUUUAUCAGGUGACCGGCCCCGUCGCCCGAUUCGCCCGCCAAAUCGCCGGGCAGGGCUACAUCUGCGCAGCCCCCUCCAGCUACCACGAAUUCACUGGCCCCGAGCCCCUCCAAUACAACGCCGAAGACACCGACUCCGGUAACAAAUGGAAGAUCACCAAGAAACUCGCCGCCUACGAUGAGGACGCGUCCCUUUCGGUUGAUUACUUGCUGUCGUUGCCGACGUGUAAUGGCCGCGUGGGCGCGACGGGGAUGUGCCUGGGGGGUCAUCUGGCGUAUCGGUGUGCAUUGGAUAAGAGGGUGAAGGCGUCGGUUUGUUAUUUUGCGACGGAUGUUCAUAGCCAUACGCUGGCGGAGGGGAAAAAGGAUGAUAGUUUGAAGAGGGCGGGGGAUAUUGAGGGGGAGUUGCUUAUGAUAUUCGGCAAAAACGACACGCAUGUUCCUCCUGAAGGUCGCGAUCUCAUUCGGAAGACCUUGCAUGAGAAAGGAGUGUUAUUCGGCUUCUAUGAGGCGGCAUGGGCGCAGCAUGCAUUUAUCCGGGACGAACUCAGCAAAGGACGAUAUGACCCGGCAAUCUCUAAGGUGUGCUUUGAGAUGUUGCUGGAGUUGUUCGGACGGACGUUGAAGAUUGAAUUGGGAGAGCAUGAUGGAAAAAAGAUGGAAGUCGAGGAUGUUUGUUAAACGGGAUAUAUCUUCCGGCAGAAAAAUAUGUCUAGAACUGCAGAAGGAUUAUAUCAUGAUCACCAUGGAGAAUCAAGCCAAGGCCAUUCUGCAUGCUGUGACGAUCCUCUCGUAUUAUUCCCUAGCGAAGUUCUCAAAUUCGAGUCAUGGUCUUAGUAGAUAAUUUAACUCUAUCUCCUUUUCCUAGUCGUACCCUGUAAGCACUUUGUAUAGAACAAUUUUCAC